GAUUUAAUUUUCUGUACACUUUUCAAUAGUUUUCACUUUAAUUUUAAGUCAAGUUCAAGUUGCUAAUUUCAUCAUGUCACUAACUAGUGCAGCAGGGUUGGUGAUAUUUCGCUAUUCAAAUAAAGUAAUACAGUUUCUCCUAUUGCAAACUUCAUACGGCCAAAAUCAUUGGACACCACCGAAGGGUCAUGUUGACCCUGGGGAAUCAAAUUGGGUAACAGCUUUAAGAGAAACUAAGGAAGAAGCAGGAUAUUCAGAGAAUGAUUUAGAAAUCUAUAAAGAUGUAUCUUACACACUCAAUUAUGAAGUUAAUCAAAAACCUAAAUGUGUUAUAUACUGGUUAGCUAAGCUAAAAAACCCAGAGCAAAGUGUGACAUUGUCUGAUGAACAUCAGGACUACAAGUGGCUGCCAUUACAACAAGCUCAGGAUUUAUCAGGAUAUGAUGAUAUGAAACUAUUGCUUGCUGAUUUCUAUGAGAAAGCACUUAAGCUUGUGUAAAUAAAUAUGUUAUCUAAGA